GCUACGGAAGCGAAACAUUGUAGCGCACAUGCUAGGUAAUUUUGACUUUGAAUUAGUGAUUUUAGUUACAGUGUCCUAUUUAUUUGAGAUACAUAAUGGAUAAAGCUUUAUAAACUACUGAAACCUAGCUAAUAAUUAUGUUAGCAGGGGCAUUCAGUCAUUUUAGGUAAUAGUUUAUUCAUCCACGUGAUUACCACGUUAGAAAACUGGACGAACUUACUGAUAGCACACCAAGGAAAGUCGCAUGAAAUCUCUGAGAGGGGCUGUUUAUUCGCAGAUUUCUUCAGAGAUGUAUCUCUGAACCUGAGGUCACCAUGUCAGACUGAGCUACGUUCACUGACAUAUCAGUUGAUAGAGGUCCCUAAAGGAGCAUCAAACACCUACCACCUCCAGGCUGCAGUUUGGUGGAUGUGAUACCAGUUGGCUGAACCUGCCUGAUAGUUUGACAUUGAGGUGGAAAGUGGACACUGUGUUGGCACAAUGAAAACCUCAAUUCAUACUUAACCUGAGCUCAGGUCUGUGAUUAUGUUUCGGCUGCGGGGUGUGAAUUCCUGCCUUCGCAGGCUCCUUCACGGAGGGACGGUGAACCGGGACCAGGUUCUGGAGCAGCUGCGGGCUUGCUCGGCUGAAGACCAGGUGUUCGAUGUGGUGGGCAAGAACAAGGCCAAGCUCACGGUGACCCAUGUCAGCUGUGCUGUGAGCAUCCUGUGGCAGUUUCAGAGGGACAAACCUGCGCAGCUCAGGACUGUGGAGCUCACCAAGAGUCAUUCACAGUUCUUGACUCUAAGGGUUUUGGCUGAGAACAAAAUUGCACUCAUGGAUGAUUUUAUGUUGGUGGACACGCUUUAUCAUUUCCUCAGACUACAUGUGGAUCCACAUGACUCUCUUGUUCAACAGUUGGUUUCAGAAGCAUGGCUAAGAAUAGACCGAUUACCACUGGAAUCCCUAUCCAAGUUUGCCAAUUGUCUAAAUGAUCAGUACCUUCACCACAGUCCUCUAAUGGGCCAGAUCACCAGUAUUGUGGAUCAGAAGUUGUCGUCCAUCGAUGAUGCCAGGAUCCUAAGUACACUGAUGGUAUGCACAUCGUCACUGGUGUCUCCCCGGCUCCGGGAUGCCUUCAUUAGUAGGACAGAUCAUCUCCUUGACACCAUGGAUCACUCACAUUACAAUAACCCCCGGAGAGUCCUGCAGUUCCUGCGCAACAUCAAGUACAGCCACCGGCCUCUGCUGGAGAAGUGCAACCAGAUCUUCCUGGGCAACAUCCCCAGGCUGGAUGCAGAGAAUAUCUUCAUCAUUGCUGGACUGUAUCAGACGCUGCAGUUCAACAACUGUGACUUCAGGCUCGCUGCUAAACAAAGGCUGAUAGAACUAAUUGAUUCAAGCACCGAUCCUUUCUCCUUCACUAAGCUCUUUGUUGCUCUGGCUCCCAUGGCCAGCCCAGAGAUCAGAGAAGGGUUGGAGAACACUGCCUUCCUGCUGGCGGACGAGCUCAGUGCACAGCAGGCUUUGGCUUUAAUUGAGGCACUAGAAAUGAUUCAGAGCAGGAACCUCGGCUUACUGAACAAAAUUGCAUUGGUAAUUCAGAAGAAUCUUCACGUCUAUAGACCAAUGGAGUUGAGCAAAAUCACCCAAGCCCUUUAUCUGUUGCAAUACCAGAACCCUGAGCUCUUCACUAAACUAAGAAGCAUUUUGACCAACUUUUUGCAGCGCAGCGUUAUCCCCCAUGAGGUGACCAUGCUGACCCGUGUUCUGUCCAUGCUGCCCUGCCCGCAAAUCGACGAGGUCGUGACCUCCCGGGUGGAGAAGGUGGUGGCGCAGUGCACUCUCAACAACCUCACCACCAUCUCUCUCGCCAUUGCCAAGUGGGUACGGAACGACGUGUCCUACCGCCACAGCACCCCCAGCAAGUGUGUCCGUCUGCUGCAGACUCUGAACCGCUGCGGCCACGAGAGACUACAGACGGCCAACCGACUGGACUUGCUGCUGGAGGAGCUCAAGUACGUCUCAGGGGAGUGGUUUGAGGAAAUGCUGCUCGAAGAGUCGAUACUCACGCUGCAGAGGAUGAUUGACCAAGUGAACUUUGCCAAUGUGCUGGAGUUGGCCCUCUUCUUAACCCGGAUGAAUCACUUCUGCUCUCCUCUGAUGGACCGAAUUGCCAGUGUGGUCAUUAAAGACAUUGACAAGAUUCAGCACUCAGCAAUAUAUGCCACCCUGCUGCCCUUUACUGUCAUGAAUUACGAUCCUGUACAAGCAGACGAGUUGUUUGAUGUUUGUAUUCAGCGUGUCACUCCUCAUAUCCACUCCUUUGACCCACACAUGCUAGUUCUCCUGGCGUACUCCUUGGCUGUGGGCGACUGCUUUCCUGAAGAACUGGUCAGAGAAAUCUUCAGUAUCGAAUUUCUGGGAAGACUAGAUUCCCAGCUAGAAAGCUUGCAUGAUGCCGUCAACAUGCGGACCAGACUGCGCCUCAUGGAGCUCAAUCGAGCCGUGUGUCUCCAGUGCCCUGAAUUCCAGGUGCCGUGGUUUCAUGAGGGCUACUGCCAGCAGCUGCAAAAGAGAGGGAAUGGCAAUGUCAGUCCUGUGCAGCAGCAAAUCCACAAAAUGCUGGGUGAAGUUCUUGGUGGCAUUAGCUGUGUCAGAGUAGCGGUUGUCACUCCGUACUUUUACACCGUAGACUUUGAAUGUAUACUGGACAAACACCUACAACCGCUGCCUUACAGUAAGAGCACACUGCAGAUCUCAGACAGAGAAAAGGUUAGCUGGGGGACGAUCUCGCUGGAAAACAUCAAGGAUGAGCUGCCACCUGGAGCUCAGCGAGUUGCAGUGAACUUUCUUGAUUCAAAGUCCUUCUGUAAAAAUUCUCAUCAUAUGAAAGGUGACGUCCUGAUGAAAAAAAGACACCUUGAAAUCCUGGGAUAUCGAGUUAUUCAGAUCCCUCACUUUGAAUGGAAUUCCAUGGAGCUUUCAACACCAGAUGCCUGGAAGGAAUAUCUAAAGAAGAAAAUAUUUGGAGAGCCUUCUUCUUGAAGGCUUUAUUUAUUGAACAAUGAAAGAAAUGUUACAUUGAACACCAAGCUUUUAGCCUGGUUUUGAAGAAAUUCUUGGCAGAGUGACUGAACAGAGAGCAUCUUAAUAUAUUAUGCUAAUAUUCAAGUGCUCCAUAUUUUUCUGCCAUAGAGCCUAAAUUUGACAUGAAUCUACCUUGUUCAUGUUAAGUAAGAUUGUGUAUUGUGUGCUUUUGUAUUAAAUGACUUUUUAAAAAUAAAAUGUAAAAACAUUG